UGAUCAAGCUGGGAAUUCUUCAUUUUCUAAAAUUAGAAUCAACAUCAAUACACUAACAGUAAUAAGUGAGUACUAAAAUAAAAGGUUUUUCUAAAAUUGGAACAUGUAUUUAUUGUCCAACAAGUUGUGCAAAUAUGUAGGAAAACUAAUAAACCUCAUGGUAAGAAGAAGUUUAAUUUAUUAAAAUAUUGAUUUUUCCUAUACAGUAUCUGACUCGGAGUUUAGCAAUGUAGAGUCUGGAAGUUUUGUUCCUUAUGCUACUGGUGGAGAUUGUUACAGUUCCAGUAACUGUCCACAGGUAGGCACAAACUGGAGUGUAUUGAAAAAUAUAGCAUAUGAGCCAGGGGCAAGGUAUAGAAGUAGGGGGAAAGACAUGGAAGUAGGAGGCAGUACAUGGAAGUUGGGGAGGGGAUGUCCAUUGAUUUUUAUAUGUUACGUAAACUUUUACCAUAGAAAGUAAUUGCAUUCACUUAAUAUGUAAAUCUAUAAAUAUAUAAUCAAAGUACCAGUAGAUGAUUCCCUUUGUUAUAGAAGAAGCUAAAAGUAUUAAGCAUUUUUACUUUUCUUUUAAAUCAGUUUUAUUUUAUACUAGUUGUAUUUUGUUUUGUUCAUUCACUAGAUUUAUCAUGGUCAUUGGUGUCUUGUGCCUUUCUUUGACACUCUCUCUCUCUCUCUGCAUUCAUUAUCAAACCAGUCUACUCUGCUGUUAUUUUGUUGAUAUCUUACUACUUUUUUUGCUGAUCUUUUCAUAGCAUUUUUUUUAUCCACUAUUUUUUUAUUUCGCUUGUAUUUAUGUGUGUAUCUUGCAUAAGCUGAUGACAUAGCAUUGUUAGGGAAUAGUAGUAAAAACAUAUCAAAAGCCUUUAUGAAUUAGAAGAUGCAUCUCUACAAGCAGGGCUGGAAGUUAACAACCAAAAAAAAAAAUACAAGACUUUUUUAAGAGAAGAAUAGACAGAUGAAGCCAUUAAAAUAAGAGGGCAGCACUUUUAAAAAAGUAAAUCAAUUCAAAGAUCUAGCUUUAUUAAAUGAAAAAGAUGAAGUACUAAUAGAAAUUUUAAAAAAGGGGCAGGCUGCACUGGGCGGGACACUAGAAAGAAUGUCAAAUGAUAGAGCGUUGAAGAGAGUGCACCACCAAAACCCCCGGAGGAAAAUGGCUCAAAGGCACACCUAGGCUUAGAUGAAUGGAUGAUGGGAAAAAAAUAUUUACAGCAGCUGGGAAUCCAAGCAUGGCAAAUACUAGCAUCCUUUAUGUCUGAGUGAAAGGAAGUGGUGAGGCAGGCCAAAGCCCUACAUGGGCAGUAGGGCCACAGGGAUGGAUGGAUGGAUUCAUUAGUUUUAUUUUGUUUGGUCCUUUACUGUUUCUAUUUUUCUUGGACAUUCAGCAGUUGUAUUUUUUGCAGGUAUUCACUAGUUGUAUUUAUGUUUUUUAUAUUUUUGGUCUCUACCAGGGUCAUUUCCGUAUAAAUCUGCUGGACACAGGUUUUAUAGUUUCUGUCAAUACAACAUGGAACCUCCAGGGCAAUCGAGCAUCGCAGAGAAUAUGGAGGUUGAGAGUGAGUAGAAAAGCAGUCAUUGCCUCUCUGUUGUUAUUUGUUUAAACUAAACUAUUGUCAAGACAGGAAAGGCUGGGCAUUUUUUUAGACUUCAAAGAUUAAAUAUUGUCCUAGGAGCAUAUCAACUCAAUUGUUCAGUUUUAUCUUUAAUUUAGAUGCACACUAAGAAAAGAGCAGUAAAAUUAGCACUUUUGAAUAACUCUUUAAAUGCAUUGAAUUAAAAGUUUUUAUUUGCUCCAUAAUUGUUUUCUUUGUUAAAUAUAUUCUAUUUAUGCACUUACUUUGAAAUAAUUUAUAUAAUAAUAUAAUAUAUUAUUUUAUGCAUUGUGACAGGAAGGACAAAUCAUCAAGGGUGUGUGUGGAGGUUAUUGUGGAGUAUGCUCCCCUGACCCCAAAAUUGGUCUUAAACUGGAACUCCUGAGAUGACCUCCUUGGCAAUUCCCAACAUCCGAUCCCAUCUGGUUUCAUUAAUGUCAAUCUUUACACUGCAGCAAUCUAAAUCCACCUGCUAGUCUUCAAGACAGUUUUCUAGCUCAUUAUAUAUUGUUUAUGUUUUAACUAUUCUGUCAGCUGAUAUGUCUGUUCUCAGUCCUAAUGUAAAAAUCUUUUUUUGUGUAUGCCAAAUAUUUC